AUGCCCGGUGGAGCCCUUUGCUCUGGCACUGGUGCUGGGCUGUGCUGUGCUCUGCCAGCCCGCUGCCAGCCCUCGCCAGCGCCUCACUGGCCGCCAACGGGCAUAGCGCGUCUGGAGCAUGGCCGCCUGCGAUCCACCGUAGAAGUCUUCUGGAAGGCAAAUCAUUGGCCUGCUCCCACGGCCACGUCGGAAGGUCGGAGAUCUGCGCCACUGACUCGCAAUCAUGAGGCCCCAAGGCCAAUCAGGACAAGGCGCAGCACCUUGCUGUCGCCCUGUGAGAGGCGUUGCCGCUACGGAUUGGCCGCGCAACAAAAAGCCGACACGUCGGAAUCACAAGGCCAUCUGCCAUGCCGGCUCGGUAACUGGACGCUGACUGAAUGA